AUGUCCGACUCAAAAGAAGCUCUCCUCGCCCAUGGGAAUGAAAAAGCCUCGGUCGACCCCCCACCAGCCUACGAUGACACCCCUAAGCCAAUUCGCGGGGCACCACUCCCCCGCCCACCGCCGCUCGCCCUGCCAAUCCUCAACGAACUCCGCACCAAACGCGUGGUCCUUGCUUCCCAAUCCCCACGGCGCCGCCAAAUUAUCUCCUACCUCGGUCUGCCCAACAUUGAAAUCAUCCCCUCAAACGCCGACGAAGACCUACCGAAAUCGCUCGGCCCGUUUGAGUACGUGCUGGCCACAGCAACGAAGAAAGCGCAGGCCGUGUACGCACAGGAGAUCGACAGUGCCAAGGGUGAGCCUGCGCUGAUCCUCGCAGCGGACACCAUCGUGGUCGACCCGCUGGCGGGCACGAUCCUGGAGAAGCCACGCUCGGAGGCGCACCACGUCAGCAUGCUUCGAACACUGCGCGACGCACGCGAGCACAAGGUGUACACGGCGCUGGUAGCGAUGGCCCCUCUUGCGAGUGCGCGGCAGCCCGGAUAUGCGAUGGAGACGGUGGUCGAGGAGACGGGGGUGCUCUUCGACGGCAACCUCUCGGAUGAGUUGAUCCUGGCGUAUGUCCGUACGCGCGAGGGUGCAGACAAGGCCGGAGGUUACGGGCUGCAGGGUCUGGGGUCUAUCCUAGUGGAAGGGAUCCAGGGCAGUGCGGACAAUGUCAUUGGGUUGCCGCUGAAGGCGACGUUGAAGCUGAUUGAAAGUGUGAUGGCUAAAGCGGAUGAUGAGGACCGCUUGCCGGAUGACCCGGUGCUGGAGGCAGAGGAUGAGGAGUCGGAAUGA